AUGCAGAAGCCCAUGGAGAAAUCCCAGAACUUCCGCAUCGACGCCCUCCUGGCUGAGGAGCCGACGCCCUCUCCUUGCGCGCCGCCGGUGGGCUUGGUCCCUCUGCCCACCGCCGCCUUCAUCCCCAAGCCCGGCUUGCUGAACCUGCCUCCGCCGGCGCUCGGCGGCUUGCCAGCCAUCUACCCGCCCCCGCUUUACCCCAUCCCAGCUCUGGCCGGCCAGCACUCCGCCUUCGCCUACCCCGCCGCCUUCCCCCCGUUGUCGCAGCCGGGAGUCGAGCCUCUGAAGGCGGCCGCGGGGGUCGGUUCCUUCCAGCUGGAGCACUGGAUUCGAGCCGGGAUCAUGGCGCCCCGCUUCCCGGAUUUCCACGCUUCCCCACCAACCAACCUGAUGGGAAAAUGCCGUCGACCCCGAACAGCCUUUACCAGCCAACAGCUUCUUGAGCUGGAGAACCAGUUCAAGAUCAACAAGUACCUUUCCAGGCCCAAACGUUUCGAAGUGGCCACAUCACUGAUGCUAACGGAGACACAGGUCAAAAUCUGGUUCCAGAACCGCAGGAUGAAGUGGAAGCGAAGUCGGAAGGCCAAGGAGCAGGUAACUCAGGCUGAGGUGGAGAAGCAGAGGGUGGCAACCAAGGCCCCAGAGAAACUGCUGCCUGGAGAGGCGCGAGGGGAAGAGGACGAAGAAGAGAGCUGUGGUGACGAAUGUAAGAAACACAGGGCCAGUGUGCAAUUCCUGCACCGUGAUACCGACACCUUCAGCUUCAGCUCAGACCCCUCGGGCUCAGAAGAGGAAGAGGAAGUGGAGAACGCUACUCACAGGGAGAGGAAUGUGCUGCUAUGA